UCACGGAUCAGCUGCGGGCGGCCAAUGAGAAGCGAGCGCACGCGCUUGAAAAGCGUUUCCAUCUGCUGCUCUCCGCAGAAUCAAAACAAAGAUCAGCAGCUCACAGGAACUUCUCAUGUGCGACAGUCUUCAUUAACUCGUAAAGAGAAAGUGAGCACCUUGAAGAACAUGUAUUCAUCCUUGACUGAUGAUUAUGUUCAUCAUGAAAGUCAGAUGAAGAGUGAAAAUGAGAAGCUCAAAAGAGAACUGGAGCAACACAAACUCAAAGAAAGAGAGUGGGAACAAAAACUCAAGGAAGUGGAGGACAGAUUAAGACUGGAGACAGAUCUGAGGAGAAGAGAGAAGGAACUAGAGUCCAAAGAGAGAGGAACGACAAAGAAAGAGCAGGACAUCCUGUUUUGUGGAGAAAAUCAUGUGCUACAUCUAACUUCUCCUGUGGUGUCUGAAGAAAAGCAGAGAUCUCUAGAUGAAAGAAAAGGAGAGUGGAAGAGCAAAGAUGAAGAAGAUUCACAUGACAGUGAAUCACCUGAGUUUGGAAAACCUGUGAGACGCAACAGCAGCCAAUUUGAGAUCCCUAAUAUGACUGAAAGUGAAGAUGAACACCUAAACACACUCCGAAAUCACAGACGUCAAUUGGAGGAUUCAACAUAAUUUUACUCAACUUCAUCAAUAUUCAGUAGACAACUCAAAAUGUGGUUAAAGGUCAAAUAUCCAAUCCAUCUACAGUACAUAUGUGUGAAACACCUCACAGCCUUUAAAAACAUGGAGAUAUAACACACAACAGUUUCAAGUUACUAUGGAUUCUGGGCAGCUGAGCAAGAAGUGAUGUUAGAAAAGGAAAGCAUGCUUAAAAAAAUAACUUAUAAAUGAAUAAAAAUGCUUUAUGUGAAAAUAACCCUUACCGUACAGGAUUUCAGAAAGUGCGCAGAGUCUUGCGUGCACACUUAUGUGGAUUUUAGUACACCAAGCUUAGCGUGUGUACCUAAAGGUUCCUAAGCAUCACAGAGGUGCUGAACCGCACAGGAGAGGCAAGCUCAAACUUUACCUCUGGCGAGGGAAGCAUCACAUGAGGCAGCAUAUACAAGAAUACUUCUGUAACUGCAACCUCCACUUCCCGCUGGAUGCAACAGCACCCCUAAGCGGCCAGGAGACUCCUCAGGUGAACUGGCCAUACAUCCAUGAAAUUCCCUGCAGUGCUGUGCCAGGCGUGAUGAUCAAGGAGGCUCCCUCAGAAACGUGUGAUCUCAGCCGCCUAAUACUGGAACAUGAAGCCGGAUGGCUGGUGCUGGGGAGUGUUUAGUAAACCCUGUAACUGAGCACUGCAAAGGAAACUCAAAGUUUAUUGGUAUACACAUAACCCCCAGCAAUUUAAUAUACGUAAGUGUAUAUACAGAAAGGGUUACAUACUCACUCACCCUCCUGCGCUUGAGCCCCGCUCAAGGGGCAUCUCCUUUUAGUCCGGACUAUCAGUAAGAUGGUUGCUGUGAACAUAGAACCAGCCAAAAACAUUAUAGGUCCAACAUAGGAGACUGUUAUGCGAGGGUUUUCCAACUAACCUUGCCUUCGUCUCCCUGAACUUCUUGAUCACCAUCUCCAAGGAAAUACUGAAAAGUUCAGUAGGCAAAACCUGAGCAUCGAAAAGAAAGAAAAGGUUUUGACCUAUACUCAGGUCAGUCAAUCAGUGAUCAGUUGAAGGACUUCUUAAUAGUAAAUAAUAUUCUUAUUCCUUUUCAAUCAGGUUUUAGGAAAGGGUAUAGCACCAUCACAGCAGCCACAAAGGUAGUUGUUGAUAUUGUUAGUGCUAUUGACUGUAAAGAAUCUUGUGCAGCAUUAUUUAUUGAUCUUUCAAAAGCUUUUGAUACGGUUGAUCAUGCUAUUUUGUUAAAACGUCUGUCUAAAAUCGGGAUGUCUGAUAAUGCUAUUGAAUGGUUUAAAAACUAACUGUCUAGUAGAUAUCAGUGUGUCACUUGUGAAGGCAUUAUAUCAGGGGAGGCAGAAUUAAUGGUUGGAGUCCCUCAAGGUUCCAUAUUAGGGCCUUUGUUGUUUACGAAAUACAUAAAUGAUAUCUGUACAACUGUAGAUGUAGCUGCACAUCUCUAUGCGGACGAUACUAUUAUAUACAGUACUGCUAGAUCUCCGUAUGAGGCAUUAAAUAAAUUGCAGGAUGCUUUUACAGUUUUACAAAAAAAUCUACUUAAAUUAAAAUUGGUACUAAACUCUAAAAAGACCAAAUUUAUGUUAUUUACUCAUUCUAGGAAUGUACAGGAUUUGCCUCAAAUUAUUACUCUAUAUGACCAGAAAAUUGAAAGAGUGUCAUGUUAUAAUUAUCUGGGUUUUUUAUUAGAUGAAAAGCUCACUUUUAAUCCACAUGUAAAUUGGUAAAAAAGCUGAGAGUUAAAUUAAGAUUUUUUUUAUGGAAAUAAGGCUUGUUUUAAUUUAAAGGCAAGAAAGGAACUUGUUGCUGCUACCUUUUUAUCUUAUAGACUAUGGAGAUGUUCUGUACAUGCAUGCAGCAAAGUCUGUUUUACGGUCAUUGGAUUCUGCUCUACGCUUUGUCACUAAAGCAGAGUAUUUUACACAUCAUUGUAGUUUGUAUAGUUUAUCCGGUUGGCCUCCACUCUCAAUCCAUAGACAGUAUCACUGGCUUAUUUUUAUUUAUAAAGCAGUGUUAGGACUAUUGCCUUCUUAUUUAUCAGUUUUCUAUUUUGUAGAAAACAAUAGAUACAAUCUUAGGUCUAAUAAUAGCAUUCUUUUUUCUACACCUGCUGUAAAAUCUGAAUUUGGUAAAAUCGCCUUCCGUUACAAUGCUCCAACAUGGAAUGCUUUGCAGAAACAGUUGAAGAUAAGCACUAUUAUCCCACUUAAUGAUUUUAAAUAAUAUGUCACAGAAACCUUCAGCUAUAAGUGUGAUUGUAUAUAGACUGCUGUUCUGUUUUGAUUCUUUUAUGGAGCUUCAUGUAGCUGUCAUACUCCGUGUAGUAGGAUGUCUUGGUUAUUUUGUUAUUGUGUUAUUUUGUUUGUUGUUGUAUCUGACUUUUAUCUUUGUUAUGUGUUGUGGUAUGGUUUAUUUGGUGUUGAUAUGUUAUUGUGUAAUUUGGUAUGCUUUGUUUGUUUUAGAUGGUUUUUUUUAUUUUUUAUUUGUAUUUUCUUUUCUUUUCUUCUUUUUACAUUUUAAGUGCUGCCUUCCUUGGCCAGGGACCAUUUGAAAAAGAGACUAUCGUCUCAAUAUGAUUUCCCCUGGUUAAAUAAAGGAAUAAAAAAUUUUAGACAUA